UCAGAUCAACCUUGCAUCCUUGCCUCACGCUCCAACUCAGGAAGAAAAUGCUGGUGGUGACGCUAGUACUUGUCUGAUCCCAAGCGCUUCUUUGCCGAUUGUGGCUGGAGCUUCAGUCUAUGUAAAAGAACGUAAUUGUGAGGAGUUGAGGACGGAAGCGAAUGAGCUGCGUAAUAGAGCUAAAGCUGCUGAACAACAGAUGGAAAAAAAAUUGGGAGAAAAAGACGAAAUUAGUUCAGAAAACAGAAAAGUUGUUCAAAGUAACCGAGGAGCGUAAUGAGGUUACAAAGGAGAAUGCUAAGUUGUCUCAAACUGUUGAGGAGCUGGAAAACAAAGCAGAUGACCUUAAAAAGCAACUAGCUGAGGACUUUGAAAAGAAGCUGGCAAAGAAAACAGGACUUUGAAAAGCAACUAGCUGACAGUAAAAAGGAAUUUGAGCAACAGUUGUCUAAAGAAGCCAAACAGGCUAAGCAGCAGCAAGCACGGAAAGACGAGAAGCUCAGAGCAACUACUCACGAGUUGGAGACAUGCAAAGAACAGUUAGAGGAAAUUAAGGAGCAACUUACUGGUGCUCGUGAAAAGGAGGAAAAGCUCGAGUCUGUAAUUACUGUCCUGAAGAAACAAGUGGAAGAGCUGACAGCUGAGAGGGAGGCUCUUAAAGAAACCGUAGCUGACUUAAAUAAGCACGUUAAUAGUUUGAAUCAACAAAUGGGUGACAUCGAAACUAAAGUCCAGGAGAAGUGUGUCCAGAAAGAAGACUUGGAAAAAAUGAAGAAGGAGAUGGACCGCAAUAAGGGGGAGAUGGUGGAGGAGCUGGAUCGUCGUAAGGAGGAACAGAUAAAGAUGAAGGGCGCAUUGGACCAGCUCCAAGAACUAGUACAGCUUGCCUUGUCUGGUAAAAGUAAAAUUAUUGCAAAAGACACUAAGCCAUCAAGCACUUCAAGCACCCCGCCAUCCAAUCCCUCUCCUCCCCCUCCAGAAAACCAAACAGUGUAACAUUUUGUUUAUUAGUAGCUUUAUUUUUGUACGUAAACCAACUUUUUAAUUAUUUUUAAUACAGAACUUUGUACAGGUAAUGCAUCAACUAAUUAAAGUGCUGCACAGUAAAUAAAAAUUCUGGGGUGUAUAUUAAUAAAAAGUUUCUCUAAAGUGGAUAAGGUGGUUGUCCAGCCGGAGCAUCAGUGGGGUAGAAAGGCGUGGCUCAGGGGGGCUGGGUCUGUGGGGGGAGGAAGAGUAUCAUUAUCAUGUACGCUUCAAGCUGUGUACAAACAGUUCAGAAACAUCAUCAUUGAUCGUACAGGUAUCGACCAGAACUGAAUUGGAGGGCAAGCUAAAGAUGAGCACAGAGCAAGUGAAGCAGAAAGAAAACAAA